CAAGGCAGUGGUACACCGAAAGGCCAAAAUCUUGAUCUGCGCAGAGCUCAUUCUCUUCGUUCUCUAUUAAAACAAUGAGAGAAGCAUCUGAGUCUGCGAGGGCUUGGUCUAAAUUUUCAAAAUACAAAUUUUAUUUUGUGGGAAAAUAAAUGGCAUCCAUUGCUUCAAUUCGAGAAAUUACCCGUCAAUUUCCGUCCACUAUCAAGAGGGAUUGUUUACUCAGGUUAUGUUGUUUUGUUCGAAAUGAGUCCUUUCUGUCUAGACAAUGCCUUAAUUGUAUCACAUUUGCAAACCAGAGAAGCUACAAGGCUGUGAGGCCUUCAUUACCUGCUCCACAUGUUGCCACUCCUUUUGAUUUUUCAUUGCUAUUGGAGCCAAACAUAUUUUGGCAUCGGAACAUUCUUUGCAAAUGGCUAUGUGCAAGAAAUAUGAGUAAUGCAUCAGUUGAGCUGAAAACAGAUGAGGAUGUUAUCAGGUUUUCUUUUAGUAAGGCACUAGGUAGAGUUGGUUCUACAUAUGGGAAGGGGACAACCAAAAGACACAAAAUGUCUAAAAGGGCCAAACUGAAUGAACUUCGUUUCUACCGUCUAAAGGCCAAAAAGAAGAUGAAUUCACCAAAUCCUGAAGUUAGGAUUAGAUAUAAACUUGAAAAGGCCCAAAGAAAGGAAGCAUGGUUGGUUGAAAAGUUGAUAAAAUAUGAGGUUCCCAAGGCCCCUGCCGAAACAUAUGAUCCUGAAAUUUUAACUGAGGAAGAGAGACACUACCUAAAGCGUACUGGUGAGAAGAAAAAGAAUUAUGUUCAAGUUGGAAGACGAGGAGUAUUUGGCGGUGUUGUUCUCAAUAUGCAUCUCCAUUGGAAAAAUCAUGAAACUGUAAAGGUCACUUGCAAGCCUUGCAAGCCAGGGCAGGUUCAUGAAUAUGCUGGAGAACUUGCUCGACUUAGCAAAGGCAUUGUGAUUGACAUAAAACCUAACAAUACUAUAAUAUUCUAUCGAGGAAAGAAUUAUGUGCAGCCAAAAAUUAUGUCUCCACCAGAUACCCUAUCUAAAAGCAAAGCUUUGGAAAAAUACAAGUACGAACAAUCCCUUGAUCAUACAAGCGAGUUCAUCGAGAAGUUGGAGAAGGAGCUUGAAGAGUAUCUCGAGCAUAAAGCUCGAUAUAAGAAGGCAAAAGAGAGUGCACCGCAGAAUUUCCUGGUUAUAUGACAGCAUGAGUUACAAAUAAUUGCCAAAUUUCAGUUUCCAGAGAGUGUGAUUACGAGUAGCUAAGAACAUACUGGCUAAACCUCCCUCGAAGCGUAUGCAAUGACGUGGUCAGCAAAAAUGCACUGUUUGGGAGACAAUGGUUUUGCAUUGUCAUUAUCUUUUAGUACUCAUUCUCAGAAGACAUGUUGCAUGCCAAUUCAAAAAGACUUGUUUAGUUUACUCAUUUAUUAGUGACCAAUGCCAUGUGCUAUUUACAUGGAGCCACUAUUUAUAUUGACUAAAGAACCAUGAAAUUCUACACCAACAGUUGUAACUUGUUGCUGCCAAAGGCUUAUUGGUUUCUCUUUGCUUUGACUGCAAAUGUGAGGAAAAUGGUUGAGCUUAUGGAUUCUAUACUUCUAGAUUAUGAGUCCUGGUGGCAUUGUCUCACUGCCCUUUGGUAUCAGCCGGGGCUGAAAUCUGUCAUGAUAUUCUCUUCUUCUGGAUGAUAAUGGAUGCAAGCCAACUUUGAGUUGAAUAGUCAUCUUCUUGGCUGGAUGAUACUGAGUGGCUGAAAGGAUGAUUGUGGUUUACUUGGGUUCAUGAGAUUAGACACAUUACACAAGUGCUAAGCAUUUGGUCAACUACAUCAACUGCAUGUGAGCAUGCAGGCAUGAAAUAUGCUGAUCCCGGCUACAUGUGGCUUUCAUUUCCAUUGGAAUUAUAUCUGAUGAUAGUUGCUGGACACACCACUUGAUUUGGGAACCUGCCAAUUGCAUCAGUGCACUGCUUUUAGAUGGUCUAACGACUGAAUACCAGCCAUGGGUAAGGAAAAGCCCCUUAUAUCUGACGUCUAAGAACUUCUUCCAUCGUGUUUACGCAUUGUACAAAUUGAAAUAAACAAUUUUGUAUAUGGAUUACUGAAAUAAUUUCUCAGUCUCUGUAAGAGUGCUCUUUUGUGAAGCUUUUCCCAGUGCAGUUCUAAAUAAGGUGGCUGAAAGGGCUGGAUGCACCAAGGAUGAUUAUGAAAUUUUUUUUUAUGAAUAGAUUUUUACCCUGUUGUUCCAUCA